CAAUGGCGGAUGGUCCUAGUCGACCGACUCGGAAUGCCAAGAAGUGCGCAGAUUUAGCACGGAUCCUGGUCAAAGAGGAGAUAAGAGCUCGGUCAAAACAGAUCAAUGUGAUCCUAAAGAAAGAGGAAGAGGCAAGGACAGCAGAAGACAACCUUGUCUUGGAGCAAUCUCCUGAUGUUGUGCAGUCAAUUCAGAAACGACAGAACCAAAGGACUGUUGUCAAACAGCGCUCUUUAGAGAUUGAGGACAAUGAAGAAAGUUUGAGGGAGAAAUGUGAAAAGCUCGCUGAUGCAAUCCGGACAGCCAAACAUGCAAUUAUCUACACAGGAGCAGGCAUCAGCACAGCUGCCUCCAUACCUGACUACCGCGGCCCUAAUGGAGUGUGGACCCUCCUUAAGGAAGGAAAGACUCCAAUGUGCCAAGAUUUGAGCGAGGCUGAACCCACCUUAACCCACAUGUGCAUCGUGCAGCUUCACAAGAAAAAACUGGUAAAGUAUGUUGUCUCUCAGAACUGUGAUGGUCUUCAUGUGAGAAGUGGCCUUCCUAGAGAGAGUCUAUCUGAAGUCCACGGGAACAUGUAUUUGGAGCAAUGUGCUAAGUGUGACAACCGGGACUACUUUCGACUAUUUGAUGUUACGGAGAAAACUGGAAUGCGCAAACAUAACACAGACAGGAAAUGCCACAAAUGCAGGAAAAAUCUCAGGGACACAAUUAUUCACUUUGGUGAAAAGGGAGGACUUCAUACUGGGCCAUACAAUUGGGAAGCAGCUUCAAAACAUGCUGAAGACGCUGAUCUUAUAUUGUGCCUUGGCUCUAGUUUAAAGGUGCUACGAAGAUACCCCUGCUUGUGGGGUAUGCAUAAAACCCAGCAAAAGAGACCUAAACUUAUCGUUAUCAAUCUCCAAUGGACACCAAAAGAUGACAUUGCACAUCUAAAGAUUAAUGGUAAAUGUGAUGAGGUCAUGCAACUGGUGAUGGAAUACCUUCACCUGAGAACACCAAAAUAUUCCAAGCACAAAGAUGCCCUAUACAAACUGGCUGUUCCAUUACGGCAACGUGAGAAGAACACAACCUCAAAGAAAAUACUCGUUAAACCUGAAACUGAACCAGAAAGUGAUGAUGAACCAGAUAGUGGAAGUGAAUAUGACAGGGGUGUAUCUUACGAUUCCAACAGCCAAAUUGGUGUGCUUGAUAAUAGCAACAUCGCAGAAGGAAAUACUCUUCAUUCAUUGGAUAACACAAGAGGGAAAGGUCCGCUAGUUAUGGGUGCUAAACCACGCAGAAAAAAAUGCAAAUUGACAGAAAAUGGUGCUUCACCUGAAGGAACAGACAGUGUUACAAAUACCUCCGCAUUAAUAGAUCAUAACUACAUUGGGAGUAAACAAGCUAAAAUUGACUUGGCGGAUAUAGUCCGAAAUCCAGAUCACAUCAUUGACAUCAAGUUUAAUCCACACAAAGUUUCAGGAUCAGAUUUAAACAUUGAGGAAAAACCAAGUCCCUCGUCGCAGAUCCAGAUGAAUCAGAUCUACUAUGAGUACAUGCACUCAACCUUGAGUAGACAGGAACCGCAUGCGAGUAAACCUGAUAAGCCCCAAUCUUUUGCUAGCAAUCUUGCCCCUCCGGUAUCGGAACCAUUUAUAUAUAAUCAGUAUGUGGCGCCACCUAAUGUCACAGCUCCCUCUGGUGCUGAUUUUAUGCACGUGUCAUCAAAUUUCCCACCGAAUGUGAGCAUAACCCCUAAUAUGAAUGCGAAGAUCACACCAGAUAUGGACAUCACGCCAAAUGUGACCCUCACACCAAAUAUGAACAAUAUGACCAUUCCCAUUAGUAGACAUGAAACGCGAAAUGUGAGCUUGAGUUUACCAAAAUCAGCGACUGUCACUUCAAACCAAUUGGAACAGUUAGUACCAAAACAUGAAGUUCAAUCCACAGGGACCAAAAAAGAAACAAUGGUGGAUAUAACCCGGGUACCCAACUCAGUGUUUUCCAAAUUAGGUGGGAAGACUAAACGAACGCGUCCAUCCACAAUUCGGGAGUUACUUCAACAAAAGGCCUCAUUGAGCUCGGAAAAUGAAACAGUUUCCUCAAAUUCGACUCAAGAAGUGACACCAAUCUUAGAGACGCAAUCAUCAGUUUAUAAAUCAGAGAUUUCUUCACUUGAUUCGCAUGGUGGUUCAUCCAGUGAUAGCUUCCAAACGAUCAAAUCGUUGUUGCUGACACAUAAAGAUGGCACUCUAAGCAGACCUGAUGAUCGACAGGAUUUAGAAUCACAGACUGGAACUCCUGUUUGUAAAACAGAUGAAAAUAUAGCUAGAUUCCUACAGGCCCAACAGUCAUACAUAGCUGAGAGAAUUCAUGCUCAGUCAACAUCAAGCAUUGAUGUCUCUUCACGACCAAGCUCUGCAGCAUCUAGUUCAAUUGGAGGAUUACCUAGUGACCUGGCAAAUGUGAAUCCAAGUACACUCACCGAUCCACCCAUCAAAGAUCACCUGGGGCCACAGUAUAGAAUCUUGAGUCCACAAACUAAUGGCGAGUUCAAAUCACCGUUUAAUAUACACCAGAUACCUCAGGGGGUGCAUUUUGGACCCCUCGUUCAAACAACCCCAUCUGGUGUAACAUCCCCACCAAUGAACUCCCCAUAUAUGGUGUCCCCAGUGGAAACACCUUCACCUAUUUCUGUCACAGGUCUACCAUCACCUUCCCCGAAUGUAGAGAAAAACUUUCCAUUCCAAAUGUUUUUCCCAAAUACCUUUAACACACAGAAAACUUUUCAUAGUACCGUGAGUUCCCCACAUGCCCAAAGUGGCCUAGCUAGCAUGGUCAUGUCCCAGAACACCCCUCUUCCUCAACACAAACUUGCCCAAUCAGGCAAAAUGGAUCAAUCCAAAGUUGAAGCAGACGACAGUAAAGGGGUGUUGGGAUCAAAUAAUACAGCUAACAUUGUAAAUCUUGUUCAGAUGUAUACACAGAAUAUGGCCCGUCAGCUGGGGCUUCUAUCCCCACCCUUGGCUGGAAUCUCCACUGUCUCUAUCCCAGGGGGAAACCCUAAUCCCCACUCUCAGAAGCAGGUUCAACCCCAAGUACCCCCUAGCCCUGGUCUAAGCUCCCCUAGCUCAAUUAGCCCACUAGGGAUUCCCUCCCCCUCUAAAACUAUGAGCCCCCUACCUCUUCACCCUAAUAUGGUAUUUAACAACAUGUUCAUGUCCUCUUUGAGUCCAUACCAGGAAAUGAUUCAGAUGGACAAAGCUAUGCCUUCAAACACAACUGAAGGCCGAGUCUGCCCAGAAGGGAAAAUUCCACCAGAGUCCUCUAACCCUUCCACCCCUAUUAAAGCCCGGGUUGAAAUCAUCAAACCCACAAAAGUAAUCACUCCUAUAGUAGGCAACUCGCCAAUAGUUAAUCCUCGAGCCAAUGUUGAUGCAGUUUUCAAGCCUAUAUCCCCUGAUAUCACCGAAACUGACAUCAGAAAACCCAGUCCAGCUUUACAGAUGGCAGCACCAUCAACAAGUAACCAAUCUAGUCCUCGAUCAAAACCACGGGGUCGAGAAGAAAAAACUAAAAUUAUUAAAACUGCAACGAAAAUGACGGAUGAUGAACGAUUAAUAUUGAAGAAAAUAUUUGGCGAAUCUUUCAAAGUUCCCGACCCUCCAGGCCCUGAGCCAGCUAAACAAAGAACCAACACCAAAGUCAGGAAUAGUUUAAUUGAUCCUGAAAGGAUGAAAACUCAGUUUAAUGCAAGUGAAUUGACUGCAAACGAACAAAAAAACACUAAACACAUUGCUUCAACAACAAGUGAAGCUGUGUCGAAUAAUGUGAUGCCUCAAAUGAGCAAAAGUGCAUCUCAUAUUGCUGCAGUAGCUGCACCAAAUGUCAACAUUGCUUUACUAAAUAUAAACAAUGCUGCAUCAAAUAUGAACAACUCAGUCCCAAACACGAACAAAGCUGCAUCAAACAUUAACAAUGCUGCACAGAACAUGAACAAUUCUACCAUGAGUAUGAACAGUGCUGUACAAAACAUUAACAAUGCUGCUCUGAACAGUACUGCACAAAACUGGAACAAUGCUGCACCAAACAUGAACAAUGCUGCACCAAACAUGAACAAUACUGUAUCACCCAUGGAUAAAAUAUCACCAGCAGGAAAUGGGAGAAACUCUGAUAUCUCAAACUCUAGUCUAAAUGUGAAACCUCAGCUAGAACUGAAUCAUGUUGAUUUUACUGUUCUUAAAAGCACAUCUGAACAACUUAUGGCAUCAAUGAGCCAUGCAUCUAUGUACCAUGCAUCCAUGGGCCAUGCAUCUUCUACAAAUCAUGCAUCUAUGAACCAUGCACCUGAAAGUCAUAAUCGUAUGACCAUUGACCAUGCAUCAUCUAUGAACCAUUCGUCUGUGGACCAAGCAAAUAUUCAGAACAAUCAUUCUCAUACACAAUAUCCAAUUUCUAACAUUGAAACAAGUGUCUUGCCUUCUUCAACAUCAGUGAAUGCAAAUCAACAUAAUGCCAAUCAACUUGCAAAACAACCACACAAUGAUACCAAACAACCAUGUACAAGUUCAGGAAUAGUAAAUGACUCUGAUGGUGACAAACAACUAAAUAGAAAAGAGACUAGUGUAGGAGAGGUUCCUGCGAAACAGACUGUUACAUCUAAUCGGAAGCGGAAGGCAAACGGAGCUAAAAACCAGAAAAAGAGCAAGGAUGAUGAGAAAGCAGAAACACCAGAACCAGUUUUAACAACUCCUGGCUGGUUCGGACAAGGAUAUAAUCCAAAAAAGUAUAAAAAGAAGCGUUAA